UCCGCCAGUCGUUGGAGGAACUCUGCUGGAUUUCAGGGCUCUUGUGUUAGAAAGGAUACUGUUUGUUUUGGUUUCUUUCGUUCUUUCUUGUGCUUUUGUGGAAUAAAAAGUGGAAGUAGAAGGUUUUGACACUUGUCGGUGUCGUUUUGUUGUCAUCGAGAUGGAAAAACGCGGAAUAAAGCAUCCAAAGUGGCUGAAGGACUGAAUUGGCUGGCCGCCUGCUCUCCCUUCACCACACAUUGGCAUAUUUGGAAGCUGAGUGGCAAUGGCCAAGUGGUUAAAAGACUAUCUGAGCUUUGGCAAGAAGGUACCUCCACAGCCUCCAACACCAGACUACACAGAGAGCGAGAUCCUCAAAGCCUAUCGGCUCCAGAGAGACCUCGAUUUUGAAGAUCCCUAUGAGGACUCAGAAAAUAGAUCCAGGGGGGAGUCUGGAACUUCUGAACCUGCAACACCCGUCUAUGGGUCUCCCAUGAAGUCAUCCAGUGUGGACGUGAAGUCUCCUAAACACAGACUGAUCAAAGUGGACUCACAGGAACUGGGACGCACCAAGAUCCUACUUAGCACCAUCUCUUUAGAGGAUCAGCAAGAGCCCGUGGUGCCGUCCGCUCCGUUGGCUGGAGACACAGAUUAUUCGGACCCGUUUGAUGCUCGACUGAACCAUCGACCAGACCCAGAUCUUCGACCUGUUCCCUGUGAAAACAACGGCUAUAUGGAGCCCUAUGAGGCCCAAAGGGUCAUAACAGAGCUGCAGCGUAACCCAGGAGGAGGACAGGCGCGUGGAGGGCUGCAGCUCUAUGACACCCCCUAUGAAGACAUCCGAGGCCGGUGUCUGGGUUUGGUGUAUGGAGAAGCUCAAGAAGAGGGCAAGGAGAGCAGCAGGCUGCCGCAAGAUGACGAGAGACCGGCUGAUGAAUAUGACCAACCCUGGGAAUGGAAAAAGGACAACAUCUCUAAAGCUUUUGCAGAAAUGAGGGAGUUGGCGGAGUUGCCUUGGCCUGCCCCUGUGGGUCAGCUGGAGGAGGAGCACCCCACCAAAGAACAAGUGCAGUUUGAUAAUACAGAGUGGGAUCGCUCCUCAUCGCCCACAGAGCGGUUGCGUCCUCUGGGGCCCAGAUCCAGUCCGCUGGCAGGAGGGGGAAUGAAGUUUCGAAUGCCCCACGAAGGCCUCACAAUGGUGGGAGAGAGAGUGGACCCUACUCUGCCUCUGGAAAAGCAGGUAUGGUACCACGGUUCGCUGUCACGUUCGGAAGCAGAGUCGCUGCUUACACUGUGUAAAGAGUGUAGCUACUUGGUGAGGAACAGUCAGGCCAACCGCUCAGACUACUCCCUCUCUCUUCGGAGCUGUCAAGGUUUCAUGCACAUGAAGUUCACCCAGUGUAAAGAUGGCAAGUACGUGCUGGGACAGAACAGCCCGCCCUUUGACACCAUCCCAGAGCUCAUCCACUUUUACACCACACACAAACUCCCGAUCAGAGGCGCUGAGCACCUGUCCUUGCUAUUCCCAGUGCUGGUGCAGACACUCUGACCGCCCUGGAGCGCCCUUUCAGUGAUCAGACACUUUGAACGUGAAUGUUUGACUGGAUCUACCCAGUGGAGUCAAAGCGUUCUCCUCUAUUUUGACUGGAAGACUUUUGAUGAUUCAACACAUGAGGAGCUUAUGCCCUUACCUACCACUGCUGUGUACCCGUGCCAAGCUGAAACAUCUUGGGGAUUGAUUCACGUGAAAUGCAAUACCUGAACUUGAGGCACCUUUUCGCUCUCAUCCAAACGAGGCUGACUUAAGGACAAAAAAACGUUCAUUUCAUUGCAUUUCUUUCCAGUGGAUGUUUGCAGAGCUCCAGAGAGGAGAAAGUGUGUAUUCUGAAUGUACUGAAGACCAGCAGGAGACUGAGAUUAAAUUAUUGCUGUUCCACAUUAACACCUCAUCGACACUGGUAAAAUAUUGCUGUUGUUAGGUGAAAACCUUGCAGCCAUUGUGCUGAUUUUUCAUAUUUCUGCUAGAAUCAGUCAGUUGAGUUGUACUGUAUCAGAUUAGAUUCCUUCUUCAUCCUCAGGCUUGGGAAACCCUUUUGUAAACAUUGAAAAAUCCAUGUUGCAAGUAUGCUAUUUUCAAAUGUAAAAGGUUUUUACCAACAGCAGUUAUAUUUCAAAAGCUUUUCUACAUAAAGUCUUGCUUAUUUCCAUCCAGUCAGUUCCGUACAGUUUUCUAUUCAUUUGCUUGACAGAGUUAUGUUGUUGAUUUUCCUUCAUAAGCGAAGGGAAGCUGUGUUGUAUUUGCCUUGACCUCACUGACCUUUUAUCUCUUGUUUCUUGCAUUUGAAAGACAAUACUGGGUUUAUUAAAAGCAGGUCUCGUCUUUGACUAACUUAAAGAUAAGAUAAGCCCGGAAACUGAGGAGAAGGUUCAUAUGAAGAAAGAGAUGCGAAUCAAAUAUUGAAAGCCAAAACAAAUUGGGAUUAUUGUGAACACUGGCCAUAUUCAAUCGCAUUUGAUUGAAUAUUGCAAUUUUUUUGUCUGGCAUAGUCAUUACAUGCUGUUAGUAGAAGAUUCAGUUCAAUUCAAUUCAAUUUUAUUUAUACAGCGCCAAAUCACAACAACAGUCACCUCACGGCGCUUUAUAUUGUAAGGUGGACCCUACAAUAAUACAUACAGAGAAAAACCCAACAAUCAUAUGACCCCCUGUGAGCAAGCACUGUGGCAACAGUGGGAAGGAAAAACUCCCUUUUAACAGGAAGAACCAGGCUCAGGGAGGGGCGGGGCUAUCUGCCGCGACCGGUUGUGGUGAGAGAAGGAAGACAGGAUAAAAGACAAGAUGUGGAAGAGAGACAGAGAUUAAUUAUGAUUCAAUGCAGAGAGGUCUAUUAACACAUAGUGAGUGAGAAAGGUGAUACUCAAUGCAUCAUGGGACUCCCCCGGCAGCCUACACCUAUUCAGCAUAACUAAGGGAGGAUUGAGGGUCACCUGGUCCAGCCCUAACUAUAUGCUAUAGCAAAAAGGAAAGUUUUAAGUCUAAUCUUAAAAGUAGAGAUGGUGUCUGUCUCCCGAAUCCAAACUGGAAGCUGGUUCCAUAGGCCCUCUUGAAGAUGAAUUAGAUGUUUGCAAAAUGGGAUGGAGUCUCAUUGCUGCUGUCUGGUAACAGCACUGACUGUGUGGUAAAAAACCUCUGUUAGGAAAGGGAUGGUUUCUACCAGACACAUUCAAAAGGAAAAUUAAUUUCAAUCAUUGUUUCUUCAGGCUAUAAAAAUGAAAAUUUAAAAAGGGAGCGAAAUAUGUUAGGUUGCACUCUAUAACCUCUGCAUUACCCUGUAAUCAAAUCAGUGUUUUUAAAGGGUUGUCUUGUACAUUUUUAAUCACGAUUAGUGGUUCCUGACUUGGGGAGGAA